CACUAUUUUCGUACCCAUUCGACGUCCGAUAAUACGACUAUUCCGUUCAGCACACGACUCGCGCCAGACGCUUGACAAUUUUUACAAAUUCGCGUCAACUCGUUCGGUAUUUUCAAAUUAUACUUUCAAAUAGAGUGACGGAUGAGUGAAUUUUCGUUGAAACUGGCGUGGCACCGGGACAGUGAGGGCGGCGCCAUGGAGAGCUGCUACAAGCUGUACACUUGGAUUAACCACACGUUGCUGAUGCUGCUACUACAGAUUUUCUGGAAGAUGAGCCAGAUAUCAGACUUCUUUAAAGAAAAGUCCGUAGAAGACGCGAAGUUAGAAAGAACAUUAGUCUUUUCAAACCUCACAAAGGAAUCAAAGCUGAGAAGGCACAUCAGGUCAAUGUCGGACGUACAAAGCAGCACGCCCUACAGAAUAAACUUCAGGUCACGGAAGGGAAGCACGCAGACCUUAGGAUAUGACUCUGAUACAAGAGCAAGAAGAAUCAGAUUAUACAACCGUCACAUGCAAUCUGAAUCAUCAGACUCGAGCGACUACAAGGAAUCCCAAAGAAAACUCUUAUACUUGGAAAGAAACAUCAUUAAGCCAACAGAUUCAAUGAGGAUUUUGUAAUUAAUGAUCUGAUAUAGUUACUUAUCGUAAACGAGGCUGUUCUAUCUAGUGGUGUGCUAAACUGGGAUCACCUGGCACAGUAGAAAUAAGUUAGAACUACGCACGACUAAAUUUAGUCUUGUUUAGAGCAUCUCAGACUGUUUAAGCGUCUUAUGAAGACUUGUAGUGCUUCCAAGAGGCAAUCUUACACCAAGGUUUGGCAAGCGCAAACGCAUCGUGUGAUAGACUGUGGAACUAUUCCCUUGCAAUAUGAUCCCAACGUGAUACAACUAUAAAUAAUAGAUUUUAUAGUGACAUUUUUCUGAGACUGUGAUCGAAAUAUAUUAAACCUAUAAGUAUGUUUAUAACAGAUGUUUCUACUAAUAAUAAUAUAAUUGUUUAGUUUAUAAGAUACAUAUAGCCAUACAUUCGACUGUGAACGAAUGGUACCUAUCUACAUAGUUAUAUGCCAUACAUUUGUUACAAAAAAAUAUAAUGAGCAGGUUUAGCUAUCGCAUUUUUAUUUCUUGUGUCAAUGUGAAUCAAUUUCUAUUGACUUGACUAUUGUAAGCAAUAAGAUUUAUGGAUCGAUUUAUUCUACAAAAAGUUUAAAUUCUAUCCUUUAAUUAUUUUAUAAUAAUUAGCGGACGGCAAAUGGAAAUAAAAAAUGUUGAAAGAAUAAGUUAAACUACUUACUAGGCAUCUACCGGUUACUUCACAUAAGUUUAUGUGAUAGGUACGUACGUACAACGAUUUACCUUUGUUCACAGAAAUGACUUUUUCCGAGCUCAUGCCGAUAUUUCUUGAUUUGAGCGAAUAUUUUUUUGUGUGUAAAAAAUAUUUUGUAUAAAGAUACAUAAUGUAUGGCGUAUGAUCCGUGCCCAUUCCUAAAAAACCUACGUCACUUGAUAUCGCGAUGAUAGAGCGAUGAAAUACACGACACGUGGUCGUAAUAGUUGUAGACCGAGAAUUACAAGAAUUCCGGCAAAAUUUUCAGGUAAUGUUUUCAUAGUAGGUAGAAUGACAACACUACGGCAAAAUGGAGUGGACCAGUUCCGUCGGAAGUACUUGGGAGAUGGUAACAAAGAUGGCCACUUAGAUACUUUUUCCUAUAUCUUAAAUAAGUAAUAGGGUAGGUAGUUGCCUGGGUAUAAAUAAAUGCAGUAUGCAAUUUUAUUAAAAUGUCAAUUUUAUUAAAGUAUGAAGAACUAUUGUUGAGUAGUCUUGUUAAGCUCAUAUUGAAGUUUAAUUGUAAUGCAUUUUGACUCCAAGAAAUGUGACGUCACUUUGUUGUCAUUUCAUAAGCUUUUAUUGAACUUGUAAUGUAACUAUGUAUGUGGCUGUCCCUUUGUACCACAGUUUUGUCUCUGGUAGAAUCUAGCAACUCAAGUUUGACACAUAUCUUCAACCGAUAAGUUGAAAUUUUGUUCAUGCGUUUCGUGGAUGACAAUGCAUUAUUAUGAUAAGCAUGAUCUAAUGACACCCAGGACACCCAGGAACGGCUCCAGACGUGGGAACUCCUCAACGGUUUAUUGCACGGACAUGAUUUUUUUGUCACACGUUAAAUGCAAUAUGAUUUCUCUGACAACAAUAAAAGCUUGUGUCAAAAAUGAAAUUUUUGUAAAAAACUUAUUGUUUUCACAUGGUUUCAUCGAUUUACAAUUAUGACGUAUUUUCUUUAAGAAUGGGCUCUGUCAUGUCGGCAUUUUUGCAGCUUAAGAUUUUUUUAUUUCCCUUUAUUGAAGUGAUACUAGUAGACGGUUGUUAAGUAUUAUUAUUAUCUCUUGAUGACAACGAUUAUAUUAAGUAGGUAAGAACCAACUUAUGUACAGCAUUUAUCAAAUCACAGUAUCUAUCAAAUAUAAUGUGGUUGCAAAACAAUUCAAUUAAGUGAGAUAAUACAAAACAACCGUUCUAAGUUUUAAGUCAUGCUACACUAUAUCAUUAACUUCUACAUCGAAUUGACUACUUAAACAAAAUAAAGUUUGUCUACAAAAGUA